AUGUCUUCCCCGGCAAAGACAACCGCAGAGGAGCAGUCCCGUGCACCCGCCUAUCCCACGUCCUACGCUCCAGCCAAUACAGGUGCGAGGGGAAAUAUGCCCGCACCAGGCCUGCCUGUACCGAUGCCCAACCUGUCUGGCACCGCUAACGGCCCUGUUGGCAACCUACUGCGGGGUCCUGUCGAUGAGAAUGGGAAGUUGACCAAAGCUGCUUUGAUGGUUGGCAUCAAGUUGGACCUUGAAGCUGAGGUUCACCUGACUGCUCGCGUCCGUGCUUACGGCAAGGACGAGAUCCUCGUCACCAUGAAAGGCCGGAUCGUUACUGUAAUCGAAGUCGCUUUUGUGCACGAACUGACGUACAAGAUUCAAGCAGUGAAGAUUAUGGAAGACCUCGAGACCAGCUAG